GAUGAUGACAUGAUCUACAGGAGAUGAUCACCCAGCAACCACAAAUAUCAACAAGGAACAAUAUUAGGGGGAAAAUAACAUAUCCUGACAUUAGUUUGGCACAAACUUUGAAUUUAACUAAUGAAAACUGCUGACAGGCAAUUAAAACAUACAUAAGUUUGUUAUCUUUAACCCAAUAGUAUCCUGAAAUUAAUCAAAUACAUAUAGUCUCAGGUUCUUUAGAAUAUACUUAUGUAUUGCCAGUGAGAAAUUAUGUUUGAAAGUUUGAUCUGCUGUGUCUGGUGAAAAUCUUAUUGUGGGGUCUCCUGUGGAGUGUAGGCUAAUGCCAACCUUGUGUAUUUUGCUGUAAUUUAGUUCAUGUCUAUCUUUAGUCUGUAGGAAAUUGGAAAUCAUGCCUAUUCCUUAGUUUCAGUCACAGCUGCUCAUUAUGUAGAGCCUAUAUCAUUACAGUCAGGUCCUCAUUACAUGCUCUCCUACACUGACUGAGUAGGUGUCGGUUAGUUUGUGGGAAGCAGCGCCACCGUGUGUCUAAACAGCAUAGCAAGGAUUUUAUAUGCAUGAAGAUUGGAAGUGUUUUUAAAUGUAUUUUAAAAAGAAAACAAAAAAACACUCACAUAAUCCCCAAAUCACAUGUAACUUUUAUACCAAUGUACUCUGUUCUUUCAAAGUGAUUUCAUUUCAGAUAACUUGCAAUAUCAUCUGCUGUAGUGAAUCAGGGCAAGGUGCGUCCGCCAUAUAACCUUCGUAUUUAUAACUCAAGAUAACAGGUACAAUGAAAGUUUGUGAUUUACCACAUUUGGGUAGGGAUGGAAGAAGCAUUCAGGUCUUUAAGCCAAGUAACAGUAGCAACAACACUCUGUAAAAGUACUGCAUUCAAAACAUUACUUAUGUAAAAGUGCAGAAGUAUUAUUGGCUAAAUUUAUGGAGUAGCCUACAUGUGACAGUAAAAGUAGUGCAGGCUAAAUUGUGCUCUCAGUGUUAUAUUGUUAGAUAUUAUACCAUUGGACACGUUUUACAGUAAUAUUAUAAUAUAAAUUCCUUUUAAUGCUGUAGUUGGUUGAGAUGGGGCUGAUUCCAGCUAUUUAUAUAUAACUGGGUGGGUUAAUUUACUGUUUAACAAUGUAUCAUAUUUUAUAUGCUCAUUGUUGGUUUUAAAUGAUGAAACUACUUCUCUAAUAAAUAUAGUGAAGUAAAAAGCACGCUAUUUACCUCUGAAAUGCAGAUGAGUAUUAGAAAGUAACAUAUUUAGUACGUCAGUAGGAGAAGUACUUAAGUGCAGUACUUCCCCACUUUUGAACAUGUUGUGUGUUUUCCCAAAAAUGACGUGUAGAGUGUGUAAAGGAUAUAAAACUGUUGAAAUUUAUUAUAGUAUUGUAGGCUUGGUGAAGGUGUGUUUAGUGAUCUCUUUGCUCUGGACAAUAAAAGUGACAAAGUCCAAUGUGAGUCACCUGCUUUAAACGGUUAUAAAAACUCACAUUGCCUCCACUCUCAAUCUGUCAUCUGGGAGCCUUCUUCAUCAUUUUCACCGUCCUUCAACUCUCCAACCAUCUGGUAAGAUUUACCUCUUAACGACUGCUUGACUGGGAAUCCCAAACGGAUAACUUACCGUAAAUCCAUGUUGUUUGAUGUUCAGAAGAGGUUGUAAUUUUAUAGUUAUCUCUGCUGGGUAAAACACAGAAGUAAUGAUCUCAAACUAGGCCCUAGCUCUUCAGUGUUCAGGCUCAAAAACAGUGAUAAGAACAAACAAAAUCAGUGACAAGCCCUUUUUAUCCCACAGAGAAUUAACCAUGGCUGUGACCAACCAACCAGGCAGAUAUGAACCCUCUGACUUCCAGACCGGCCUGUGUGAUUUCUGCGACGACUGUGGAACAUGCUGCUACGGUCUGUUCUGCUAUGUGUGCCUUGGCUGUACUAUUGCCAGUAACAUGGAUGAGUGCUGCCUGUGUGGUCUGGGCAUGCCCAUCCGCAGCGUCUACAGGACCAGAUACAACAUCAAUGGGUCACUGUGUAACGACUUUAUGGUGACCUGGUGCUGUCCAGUCUGUGCCACCUGCCAACUGAAGAGAGAUAUUGACCGGAGGAAGGAGCAAGGCAUUUUCUGAAUGUAUGCUGUUACGACAACAAGCUGUAAAUCUGCUGGAUUGCUGGAAACAUUUGUAGUUAGAGCCCAAUCUCAUUCUCGUUUACAUUUUUUGAUUAGGUGGUAUACAGUAUAAUAUAACAAAUAUAUAUUUAACGGUGCUAUAAAUUGAGUAUCCUUGUGAUUUUUAAAGGUGUCCUGAUUUACUGCUUCUUUAACUUUAUGUGUCUUGUGUUUUAUUGUCCUGAUAGCAGUUGACUGGAAAAUUGUUGUUGAUUUAAGGUGGUGUAAGCGAUACAGCAAGUAGGGUUGGUGUUUAUGCAUAAUCUUAAAUUACACAUUAGAUCAAUUAGGGCUAAACUGGGAAAUCCUAAAUUUAAAAUUUUCACUUUUGAGACUUUUACAUGUAAGUUUAUAUGACUCAGUCUCUCCGACUUUAAUCCAUUUGCCUUUGAAAGCCAUGUGAACAUUUUCAAGGUAAUUGUCAUUUUACAACAGGGUUGUAAAAAGAAAUUCUGUUUGCAACUCCCUUUUGCUACAUGGCAGACAAUAAACAGUUAAUAGGCCUGUAGGGGAGUAAUUUGAGCCUGUGGGGAAGUUGAGUCACCCCUUGAUUCUCAGCAACAAUACACUAAAUUGGAAACUGGUCAUGUGAGCACACAUUUUUGAAGAGUCAUCCGUUUAACUCACACUGUGAUGGAGAUAGGCCCAUGGAAUAAGUGAUAAUUAAUUACAUCAAGGAAACUCAUUCUCAGGAUGUUGAGAGAUCAAGAAAACAUCAUGUAAGAAGAGGCUCAGAUGUUGUCACAGAUGAAUCGCGACCAUAUGGACAUGCCCGAACAGAUGCAGUGGACAAUUGGGAGACAUUGUGGCAACUGCUCCACAAAAUUUUAAAGUAAUUGAAUGGGAAUACUGUUUGGGCAGUAUGAGAAUCCCUUGUCACUGUUUACAGUUCAGAGGGCGGCGACCCAUCUUGAUGCAUCUUUUUUCAGUGAUUUCUGGAUAAUAAGCAUUUCAUUUGCACAUUAAAAUCCAAAAGAAAUGCCUCCUCAAUUGCUUAAGAGGACUAGUUAACAUCCCUGAUUAACUUUACUAGCCUAAGCUCCUCCGUGGUCACCAGCGUCCUUCCUUUAACAACCAGUUAUCAGAAUACUCUGGAAACUCAAAUAUAGUUUAACUUAACUAUCAGGAUGUACAGUAUGUGUCCAGGACAUCAGUUUAGCUUGGAUCUCAUUCCUCGACAAGAUAGGUAGUAAUGACAUGCAACUAAUUAACAUUACUCUCUUACUAAUUUAGCUUAACGUUACAUUGCAGCUGGCAAACACACUCGCUUUGCACACACAGGGAGCCAAAACAGCAAUGAGUGUUGCUGCACUGUG